AUGUCCAGGCAAUCCUUUUCCAGCGGCCUGGAAAGCCAGCCGCGCCCAUCCAUCGACUCCUGCCCCCCCUUCUGGUGCCAGUUCCUCACAGUAACAAAGCGCGCCUUCCAACACACCUGGCGCACCCCGUUAUUUAUCUACUCUAAACUGCUCCUCUGCACUGCUACCAGCCUGUUCAUCAGCCUGGUCUUCCUCAACUCCCCACUAAGCAUCCAGGGCUUACAAAACCAGAUAUUCACUAUUUUCAAGCUGAUGAGCAUUGUGGGCCGGCUGCGUUCGCUCUACAAGGCCCGCAAGAGACCCUCCAAAACAUACAGCUGGAAAAUCCCCUGGUGCACCCUCUCUUUGGUAUUUAUAUGGUUGCUGUUUUACUUUCCCAUUGGUGUCUACCAAAACACCAGCACUGCUGAGCAGGGCCCUGAGCAGGCUGCAGGGGUCUUAUUUGCUGGCUCUGCUAAUAACAGCAGCAAUAUUACUAACUUCUGUUUUAUCCUAGCCUUCUUCUUCUGCACCUCCCUACUCUUGUACUACGUCUCUGCUGUCCUCUUGACAGGACUGGCAAAUUUUACCACGUUCAACCUGCCUGCAGGUAAAAUAUGUGGUAAGUACAUAGCAGAGCAUAUUACGGCGGCGGGUGGCUACCUGCUCGAUGGGAAUGUCACAAGCAAUUGCCAGUUCUGCAAGGUCAAGGAGACAAAUGUGUAUCUGGCGGGGAUUCAUGCGAACUAUGGGACCAGGGGGCGCAAUUUUGGUAUCAUGUGGGUGUACAUUGCUUUUAAUGUUGUGGCGACGUUGUUCUUGUACUGGGUUGCGAGGGCGCCAAAGGCGAGGAAGUUGGUAUAG